UAGCGAGCAUCCUCCUUUUAUUUUGCAAACCCCAAUUUUUCCACUUCGCAAAAGAAACAUCAAAAAUGGGAAAGGUUCACGGAUCGUUGGCUCGUGCCGGUAAGGUCAAGUCGCAGACCCCCAAGGUCGAGGCUCAGGAGAAGUCCAAGAAGGUCACUGGCCGUGCCCUCAAGCGCGAGAAGUACAUUCGCCGCUUCGUUAACAUCACCCUCCUCCCCGGAGGCAAGCGCCGCAUGAACCCCGCUCCGGAGAAGUAAGCGUGCUUUAAACGUACCUCAGCACCGACCGUCAGGG